GUUUAUUUUUUGGAAUCAGUACGCUAACGACGAUCAUCGUAGAACGUUUCUCCUAACUGUACAGCGGCCACGUGUUUUCCUGAUUAUCCAUAUCAUACACCAUGACUACAGUCGAAGGAUAUAAACUAGGAAAGUUACUCAUUGAGGGUAAGACUAAGCAGGUAUAUGAAUUACCUUCACAUCCUGGCCAUUGUUUGAUACUCAGCAAGGAUCGCAUAACAGCUGGAGAUGGUGCUCGUGCCCAUGACUUGGCAGGAAAGGCUGAAAUUUCCAAUACCACAAAUGGUUUAAUUUUUCAAAUUCUCAAUGCAGCAGGCCUCAACACAGCCUACGUAAAACCGGCUGGGCCAAAGGCCUUCAUUGCCAAGAAUUGUACAAUGGUACCAAUUGAGUGGGUAACAAGACGUUUAGCAACUGGUUCAUUUUUGAAACGCAAUCCUGGUGUACCAGAGGGCUACCGAUUCUCACCACCCAAGCAAGAAACGUUCUUCAAGGAUGAUGCCAAUCAUGAUCCACAAUGGUCGGAUGAACAAAUCAUUUCAGCCAAAUUCAAUUUCAAUGGUUUAUUAAUAGGCCAGGAUGAGGUUGAUAUCAUGAAAAAAACUACAGUGUUGGUGUUUGAAAUUUUGGAAAGAGCUUGGGCAACUAAAAAUUGUGCCUUAAUUGAUAUGAAAAUUGAAUUUGGUGUGGAUCAACAGGGCAACAUUGUCUUGGCCGAUAUCAUCGAUUCGGACUCUUGGCGUCUUUGGCCUGCCGGUGACAAACGCUUGAUGGUCGACAAAGAUGUUUAUCGUAAAUUAGUAACUGUCACUGAUGAAUCACUGGAUACCGUUAAGCGUAAUUACAUUUGGACAAGUGAACAAUUGAAGGAUAUUGUUCCCAAAAAUGAUCAUCUUGUGGUAAUUUUAAUGGGUAGCGCCUCCGAUAAAGCUCAUUGUGAAAAGAUUGCUGACUACUGUAAGACAUUUGGCUUGAAUACUGAAUUACGUGUGACCUCAGCUCACAAAGCACCCGAAGAAACACUGCGCGUAAUGCGGGAAUAUGAGAGUGUAAUGAGCAAUCUGGUCUUCAUUGCUGUCGCAGGACGAUCGAAUGGUCUGGGACCUGUUCUUUCGGGUAGUACCACAUAUCCUGUCAUCAAUUGCCCUCCUGUCAAAGCCGAAAACAUGCAAGUCGAUGUUUGGUCCAGUUUAAAUGUGCCCUCCGGAUUGGGCUGUCCAACAGUUAUGUAUCCCGAAGCAGCUGCUUUGCAUGCAGCUCAAAUCCUGGGUCUCCAUAAUUAUAUGAUUUGGGCUAAAUUGCGCACCAAACAAAUGCACAACUUCAUUACAUUGAAGAAGGGCGACCAAGAGGUUCGCGGUGUUCGCAAUGCAUAAGUUUUCCUUCGGAUUUGUUAUUAAGUGUGCCUACCUAUUAUGUAAUGUUUGCUUCUUUUUUACACACGCAUGUGCGUAUAAAUCAGUUUUGUUAAAAAUAAAAUUUUUCUACCACUAAACUAAAAAUA